AUGUACAAUCCAACAACAACGACGAAUACAAAUACGAACACUACAUCAUCUUCUAACAACAAUAUGGACAAUCUAAUUCAUAAUUUCAAUUAUCUCCAAAUUGGGACCAAUUCCAAUACUUCUACCACCACCACCACCGACAAGCAAACACAACAACGAUAUAACCCUUCUUCAUCGUCUAUCACCAAUAAUAAUAACAACACCAACACCAACAACCAUCAUCAAUCAUACAACAAUACUUCUUUUCAAAAGUCUUCCUAUCAACCUUCUACGACUGCGCUUGGCGAUGUCGAAUCCUCCUCUUCACCAACAAGUGCACUUAAAAACAAAACAAAUACCAUCAAAAAACAACCCUCGAAUCAUGUGAUUCAACCUUCAGUGGCAACUUCAUCUCCAACCAUGACUCAACAACGAAAAACAAUCAGCUACAGUGCUAUCAAAGUCAUUGGCAAUGGAGAAAUUGUUGCUAUUAAGAAAGUAUUACAAGACAAGAGAUUUAAAAACAGAGAAUUACAAGUCAUGAAAACACUCUCUCAUCCGAACAUUGUUGAAUUGAAACAUUACUUUUAUUCACGAGGGGAUCGAGAUCCAGAUGAAGUCUAUCUCAAUCUAGUACUUGAAUAUGUUCCUGAUACAGUCUAUCGAUUUACAAUGAAUUAUACCAAACACAAUUCCUAUGUUCCAAUGAUCUAUGUGAAAUUAUUUGUCUUUCAAUUAUUGAGAUCGAUCAUUUAUAUUCAUUCACUUGGAAUUUGUCAUCGAGAUAUUAAACCUCAGAAUUUAUUGAUUGAUCCAGUCACAGGAAUAUUAAAAUUAUGUGAUUUUGGAAAUGCAAAACAAUUGAAAGAAGGUGAACCCAAUGUCGCAUACAUUUGUUCAAGAUAUUACAGAGCACCAGAAUUAAUAUUUCAAAGUACAAAAUAUAAUUGUGCUGUAGAUGUGUGGUCAUGUGGAUGUGUCAUGGGAGAAUUAAUGUUAGGAUCUCCACUCUUUCAAGGUGAGAGUAGUGUGGACCAAUUGGUUGAAAUUAUCAAAGUAUUAGGAACACCUUCCAAAAAUGAUAUAUUGGCCAUGAAUAAGAAUUAUACAGAAUUUAAAUUCCCUCAAGUGAAACCAAAUCCAUGGGAUCAAGUAUUUGCAGAUCGAUUUCAAUACAUGCAACGUACGUUUCAGGCUAAUAAUGGACAAUCGAUGAGUGGUGCGAGUGCGAGUGCGAGUGCGAGUAUGAGUAGUAGCAGUAGUGGUAUCAGCAGUAGUAGCAUUUGUGGAGGAAAUGUUUCAAGUAUGCUUGAUCCAGCCACUGAAAUGAAUCAUGCCGUUGAUCUCAUUACCAAAUUAUUACAAUAUGAUCCAAAGAAGAGAAUUGCACCCAUGGAUGCAUUGGCUCAUCCUUUCUUUGAUGAAUUGAGAAUACCUAAUGUAAAAUUACCAAAUGGAAAACCAUUACCACCUUCUCUAUUUGUUUUCUCUGAACAGGAAUUUAACAUGUUACAGAAUCCAGAAUUGAAAGAUUUGAUUUUACCAAGAGUAGCCUUGAUGGUAUUGGGAAUAUCCCUCGUAUUGACUUUUAUCAAAACUCGAGAGGAAGUUUCAAGAAGAACAACCACCACUCAAGAGUACACUGUACCUACUACCAUCAAAUCCAUCAACAUUCCUUCAACCUCCAUCAUCGCUCACACGAAUAUCACUCUGUACUAUGUGGAAACAGGUGAUUUGAGUGAAAAUGCGUAUCCUGUCCUUCAAUUUCAUCCAACACCUGGUUCUCUCUUAUUUCGACAUGAUCACGAAGAUUCAUUAUUGAAACAAUAUGGUAUUCGAUUGAUUAAAAUAGAUCGAUCCAAUCUAUACAAGACACAAUUUUGUUGUGCAACUAAAAGUGAACAAUUCAUUCAAUACGAAUGUAUUUACAAACAUUUAAUUCAAAAUGAAUUGAAAUUGAAAUCAUAUAGUGUAUUGGGUUAUCAAAUGGGAGGAUUUAUGGCAUUGAAUCAUUAUCAUGUCUUGUCAUCCAUCAUGAAUACAAGUAGUAGUAGUAAUAAGGAUAGUAGUAGUAGUAGUAGUGAAUUGAUCAGUAAUGGUCUUGGUGGUGUUGGUUUGGAUAGUAUUGCUGUCAUUGCACCCUUCUUACCACCCAUUCCUAAGACCUCCAAGGAUUCAAAUUAUACAUCAUGGGAACAAUUAUUAUACACUUAUUCAUGUCCAUAUACUUUAUUGUAUAGAAUGUAUCAAUUAUUAGGUGACAAGCUCGCUUACAAAAUUUUAAACCCUUUAUGGAAAGUGACAUCUACUGUUUUGAAUCUUGUCAUUCCACCUCAAUAUUUGACUCGUUUACUCAAUCAAUUCACCUUCCAUUCAUUCAAUGAUCAAUUAUCACAGAAUAUUCUUGAUGAAUCAACACGACGUGUAUUAAUGGAACUCCAUUCUCUCUCUACUCUCUUUGAAGAAUAUAAUAUUGUGUUUAGUCAUGGAUUGAAGAGUGAAUUGAAGAGAACAAGUACCACUCGUAGUAGUAGUGAUAGUAGUAGUAAUAAGGAUAGCAGUGGUAAUAAGGAUAGUAGUAGUAAUAAGGGUAGAGGAAAAGCUCUUCCUCAUACAUUGAUACUAGUCACUUCAGAACGUCAAGAAGAGAUGGCUCGUUCUUUCUUGCUGAAUGACCAUCGAGAUAGUUCCAUCAUGAUUCAGAGAGUACAGCAGCAAGAUUCCACCAUCAGUGCUGGCGAUGCAUCUAGAACCUCACAUUCUUCUCUCAAUGCCUUUGUUUCAGAAUAUGAGAGAGCCUUGUCCUUUAUUGCCCGAAAUAAGCCUUCCAUUAUAGAGAGCUCUGGCACUACCAAAAAAGAAACGAGCACAACCACGACAAUAAUGGAGAAUAGUCACAGCAGGGUAGUACCCUUGCAGCAGCAGCAGCAGUCGGAUGAGCCAUCAUCAUCAACAUUGGCCAAAACAACAACAACACCCUCUUCCGAAGGUACCACCACCACCAGUAGUAGUAGUAGUAGUAGUAGUAGCAGUACGACAACUCCCACAACCUCUCAACAACCAGCAACAAGUACCUCUUCAUCCACUACUACUACGACUCCAACAACUACGACUACUGCUCCAAGUAGUACUACUACUACUACAAGUACAACAACAAGUACUCCAAAUCAAAAGACCAUUGCAGUGAUUGGUGGUGGAUUGGCAGGUCUAAGUGCAGCGAUUGAGGCAGCAGAAUUGGGUGCCAAAGUAUACUUGUUAGAAAAAGAGGAUCGAACAGGAGGUAAUAGUGCCAAAGCAACAUCAGGUAUCAAUGGUAUUCAUACUCAUGCUCAGAAAUCUCUCUCGAUUGAUGACUCGUUUGAUUUAUUCUAUAGUGAUACUACCAAAUCUGGUAAAAAUCAAGGUAAUCCUAAAUUAGUGAGUACAUUGGUCUCAGAAUCUACAAGUGCUAUUGAAUUCUUAGAAAAACAUGGUAUUGGUAUGGAAUUGAUUACACAAUGUGGUGGACAUUCACGUCCAAGAACUCAUCGAUCUGCACCUCCCAAAGUAGGUCGAGCCAUGAAUGUUGGAUCUGAAAUGACUACAAAAUUAUUAGAUUAUAUUCAAAAGAAUUUAUCAGAUCGUGUGAAAGUAUUGACCAAAUGUCAAAUGAUUGGAUUUAUUUGUAAUGAAGAAGAAGAAACCAUGAAGGAUGAAAAGACAAUUCAUGAAAGUACAAACAAAAAGAUACCCAUUGGAAUUCGAUAUACCUGUCAUUCAAACGACAAUAACACUACCAACACUACUAACACUACCAACACUACUAACACUACCAACAAUAACACUACCAACACCACACAAUCACUCUUCACUUCUUCAAUCAUCAUGACCACAGGUGGUUAUGCAGCAGAUCGAAAUGGAUAUCUCAAACAAUAUGCUCCACAAUUAUCACAUCUUCCUACAACGAAUGGAGCAUUUGCUAAUGGAGAUGGUAUUCGAAUGUGUGUGAAUGAAUUGAAUGCAUCAUUAAUUCAUAUGGAAUCCAUUCAAGUACAUCCUACUGGUUUUAUAGAUCCACAAAAUCCUAAAAGUAUGAGUGUAUUUUUAGCAGCAGAAGCAUUGAGAGCGUAUGGAGGUAUUAUUGUGAAUCAGAAUGGAGAACGUUUUUGUGAUGAAUUAGGUCGAAGAGAUUAUGUCUCUGAAAUGAUAUUUAAACAUUGUCAACGUGAAAUUGAAGGUGGACAUGUUACUGCAUAUCUUUUAAUGAAUGAUUAUGUUGCCAAAUCAUUUAGUGAAUCUCUAUUAGGAUUUUAUCUUUCUAAAGGAUUUAUUCGAAAGUAUAAUCAUUUAGAACAUGCAUUUAAUGAAACAUUGAAAAUGGCAGCACCAAACAUGAAUUAUGAAACUCUUGUUCGUACCAUGAUCCAAUAUAAUUCAUUUUAUGAGGCUAGUCGUAGUGGUAGUAGUGGUGAUGGUGGUGAUGGUAGUAGUGGUAGUGGUGAUGGCAGUAGUGGUGGUAAUGAUAAUACUACUGGUAGUGAUGGUGGUGGUAGUAGUAGUAGUAAUGAUAAUAAUACCAUGAAUUCACCAAAUACUGCAAGUGCCUUUGCAGAUCCCUUUGGAAAAACUCUCUUCCUACCAAAUUUUCAUUGA